GAGAGAAGCUCCUACUUGUUAUGGGAUUGGACGAUGCGGUACGACAUCGCAAGGAGAGAGAGACGAGUUGCCAGUCGGAACAUUCAAGUGGGACACCCUCUGACAUCGGACUUCCGCUAUGGACUUCCGAGUCGAGUCGGAGUCGGAGAGUUCAACAUAGCUAAUUCGAUUCAAACAGCAAUCGUGCAUCAAUUGAUAUUCAUCCGUGGAGGGAGAAAGCAUUUUGGAUAGAAGUUAAAAUAUGGCAGACUCACUGGAAGAUGGAGACAGCAUAAAUGGACAUUCCUUGGAGAAUUUUGUUCUGAACAGUGAUGAAGUCGCUUCCGCACCUUUACCUGAACCGGUAUCAAUUGACUUCCAAAAAGCUCUCAUCAAUGAGUCAAACAGCCCACAAAGUUCAACUGUGUGCUCUGAUAAAAAUGAUGGCUUUAGUAAGAUCCAUACACUAUUUUUCAUCGACCUGAUGCGACAGCACAUUGAGAGCCAUGGCAAUGGUCUUCCAAAAAACCUGGAAGAACUGAACUACCGUCUGAAGGGGGCUAAAGGCUUGAAAAAACAUCUAUGGGAAGAAGCAGCAGAGAAGUUAGGUGCAAAUUUCGAGCAGUCUUUCAGUCCCGCAAAGGUGGCCAGGAAAUGGGGCACUCUCAUGGAGGCAUAUAAAAGAGUUAUACACAAUGGGGGAGUACCCAUGCGCUUCCAGUAUUUUUCAGAGAUCCACAGCCUGUUGGAGGACUGUGAUUUUUCACAGUCUAUGGAGAAGAAGGAGCAGGGACAGUGCGCUCCAGCCUUUGCCUACACGGUGUACAGCCCAACACCAAUACAUAUCAUGCCCAUGCAGGCACAAAACAGCUCAGCUGCGGUACAAAUUGUACCAGUUCAACCAGAAAACUGCCCAACGAGAGUACAAUCAGCAUUACCUGUGCCCAUGGCACCCAACAACAGCAUCAGCCAGAAGCAAACAUCUGCUUUGAAAGGUCUGGUGCAGCAGCACAUCAAGGCUCAAGGCCUCCACACAACCCUUAAAGAUCAGAGUGGACACGUUCAUGGUGUCAAGUCCAUGCCCUCAAAUAGUAACAACACAGCCACUCCACCAUCAGCUGUGUUCUUGCAGGAUCCUCCACCACAGUCAACCGUCUCCUUGCCAUCCCAUGAAGUCUUCACCCCGGAACAGACAGCGUUUCUUAUUGACCUGGUGCGGGAACACAUUGAGGCUCAGGGUGUCGGUCUCCCCAAAACCACCAAAGAACUGAACGCAAUUCUAAAGUCAUCGUCGAAACAUGGCAAGCGGAGACAGCUAUGGAAGGAGGCGGCGCGGAAGUUGACCAAUCGUUUCAGUGAGGAGUUUUGCCAGGACAAGGUGGGCAGAAAGUGGACCACUCUUUUAGAGGGCUAUGAAAAAAUUGAAAGCGGCAGUAAACGCUACAGCAGUAGACCCAUGCGCUUCAUGUGGUACCGUGAGAUAGACAGCCUUCUGGAUAAGUCCAACGGUGGCUCUGCUGUGUCACCUGUGGCUGAGAUGGAAGUGGAUGUGGGAGAGUGGGACAACCAACUCGAAGAUGAAGACAACUUCUCACCCAGUCCCAUCAAUUCGCCCGAGAUGGAUGCCAUGCCAGAACACGACGGCUUCUCCAAGAACCAGACGGUGUUUUUGAUUGACUGUGUUCGACAGCACAUUGAGGGCCAGGGCCUGGGUCAACCCGAGACCCUUGAAGAGUUGAACAGACGACUCAAGCUGAGGUUGAGGAAGGGGAAUAAAAUGAGGCUGUGGAGAUAUAUGGCAAAGAAGCUGAGCAAGGAAUUCCUGUGUUCAUUCUCCGAGAAGAAAGUGUACAGGAAAUGGGACACGCUGAUCGCCGGCUUUGCUAAGGCUCUGGAGAACUACAGGAGAGGGAAGGACUCCACACGGUUUCAGUUUGUCUCGGAGAUGCAGAGCCUGUUGUGUGGGGAAGACAGCAAGGUGGCCAUCAAGACUCUCGGGGACCCUACGGCGCGGGACCCCAACAAGCCCAUGUUGCGGCCGAGGCCUCCGGCCCGCCGAGCCUGCAUGAGCCCCGUGAGCAGCCCCGAAGACUCUGAGGUAGGGAUUGGAGACCCUACGGCGCGGGACCCCAACAAGCCCAUGUUGCGGCCGAGACCACUGGCCCGCCGAGCCGGCUUGAGCCCCGUGAGCAGCCCUGAAGAAGACUCUGAGGUGGAAGAUAAUGGGGAGAGCACACCUCCUCCUCCACCGCCCAAACGCAUGAGGCGCGAUGACGAUGAGCUGCUGCAGUUCAUGAGGCGGUCAGAGGAGGCCACUGAAAGGCGGCACCAGGAGGUCGUAGCACAUCUCCAGUCGAUUCAGGACCUCAUGACCAAGAUGCUGGACAAACUCUAACAGUGAUGAUACAUGGGACAACUCUUUUUUUUUAGCUUUGUUUCCAGGCAACAAUUCUACAAGAUGUUGGGACUUUGCAUCACUAUAACACCUUUAUCAAGAGAACAUGGAGCAGCAGCAAACUUAAAAAAAAAAAAAAUCCACUCCAUCCGGGAAAAAAAAUGCUCUCACCUGGCGACAACAUCGCUCAAAACCUUUUCCUGCGUAUCAUCACCUUAAAAAUCUUUUGCCAAGCUUGUACAUAUUUGUUUAAGUUGCGAUUUUUCAUUUGAGAUAUGCAUACUUUAAUUUAGAAUGAAUAACAAUGUGUAAUAUUGUGCAGGGUCCGAGGACAGGGUAUUAUUCUUCACACUGUUUAUUUGGAGUUUCCCAUCUUCCAUUUUGCCAAAAACUUUGUUGGCAGAAUUGUAAAAACAUCAAUUCAUUUCUGUACAUAUUUUGAUUAAAAGGCUUAUAAUAAGAAAAUAUAUUUCAGGGAAAA